AUGAAUUUAUUCGACUCCAAAUAUUCCACCGAUCUCCAAUCUCAAAUUACGUUAUCCUGCCAGAUAUUGUUGUCUCUCCAGAUCCACCCUCUACCACUAUAUGCCUGCACCCACACUCAGAAUUUUUCAACCACCACUGCUCCACAUAUGUUCACCAAAAUCGCUCUUGCGGGCAGAAGCAGCCGUCGUUCCCAAUUCGGCAUCAUUAAGCGGAGCCUCCAUGACGUCCCCGUCUUGAAAAAGCAACCGGAGUUUGCCCAGAACGGUAUCGCCGGCUUGUACUCCGCCAACGGCUUCAAAUCCGCCUGGUCUGAAUACCAGAAGUAUCUCACCACCAACUUGACGUUGAAAACAAAGGGCACACAGCACGAGACCCGCACACCCUUUCAAAUCAUCUUGCUGACGAGCAAAAACGGCUUGGAACAGCCCAUCUUCCAUUAUGCGUCUCAGGCCCACAACAACCACUUGUUCUUCGAGCUGCUCACAGACAAAGAUGCUGCCGCCGAGACGGUGCCCUCGCGUUUCUUGAUGGAGCGUUUGGCCGACGAAAAUAUCCUGACGCUCCAGGAUCUUAAGGACAAGAUAAUAGAAGCCGCCAACACCCUCACGGGCCAGGGUUGGGUUUAUCUCGUUGAAAGAGGCGACAAGUCGCUCAAGGUGGUCGCAAGCAACAACGACGGAACCCCUUACUAUUUCGGCCGCGGUGCUUCGUUUGACAUGAAUGGCGCCAUUUCCGAGAGCACAUACGAGCAGUAUGAGGCAUUGAAGGAGCAGAUCAAGGAGGAUGAGCUUGACUUCACGCUUCCACUUCUAGCCAUCAAUGUGUGGGAUGUUGCCUUCUGGGCCGACUACGGUCUCAACGGAAAGCAGGAGUAUUUGAAGAAUGUGGUGGACUGUAUCAGCUGGGAUGUGGUCAACCAAAGACGGUUCCAGAUCUAG